AUGCCUAACACGACGAAAUCAAAUUUGUCUUUAGCAAUACAAAGAGCUGAUAAUCAUCCUGACAAUACAAAUGGCUCUGUACCGCCUACUACUACUACUAAUGAAUCAUCUACAUCAGAUUUCAAUACAAACAAUCUGAAUGUAAACCAUCUUUCAGCUUCUACUUCAACAUCUCCUUUACUUUCUGCUAGUUUCAAUCCACCCUUACUACCACAAUAUAGUCAACCUACCACUUCAACUAAUUCCACCACUGUUGUUAACUCUCCAUUCAAGCCAGAAUUAUCUCCACUUCAAACUUCCUUUGAAGAUGAUAGCAAUUUGAUUCUCCAUUCUGAAACUAUCAAGAAAAGGAAAAAUAAAAAGCAUAUAUCUUCGGAUUAUUACCAGCAUCUGCUGGAGUUGAACCUCGAAGAUUUGGAACUGUUGGUUAAAUCAAAUGAUGCAUCAAAUAAUAAUGGCAAUGAACAUGGAAAUAUACCAUAUAAUGAAGAUGAUGAUGACGAUGACGAUGACGAAGAAGAUGAAGUAAAUAUGGCAAAUGAAGAAGAUUUGCAAGACUACGUUCCUGGUGGAUAUCAUACUUGCUACAUUGGUGAAACUUAUAAAAAUGGCAAAUAUACUUUAGUCCGUAAAUUAGGUUGGGGUCAUUUCCUGACAGUUUGGCUAGCAAAGGACAAUGAUAAACAUUGUCAUGUUGCUAUGAAGAUUGUUCGAAGUGCAAAGAAUUUUACCCAAACAGCGAUUGACGAGAUUAAAUUGUUGGAUAAAGUAAGAAGUUCAGAUAUCCAUCAUCCUGGCCAUAUGCAUGUUAUCCAACUUUUGGAUACUUUCACUCAUAAAGGUCCCAAUGGUAUACAUGUGUGUAUGGUAUUUGAAGUACUAGGUGAAAAUCUUUUAAGUUUAAUCAGGAGAUACAAACAUAGAGGUAUCCCCAUAGUUUUUGUUAAGCAAAUUGCUAAGCAAUUGCUUUCAGCUUUAGACUUUUUACACCGUAAAUGUGGUGUCAUUCAUACUGAUAUGAAGCCAGAGAAUGUGUUGAUUGAAAUUGGUGAUGUUGAACAAAUUGUUCGUUUGGUUGAAGAACAAGAACAAAAGGCAAAACUUCAAAGGAAACUUCUGAAACGUCAAGUAUCAAGUACUUCCAUGAAUAUGAGACAAACAUCUGCAACUGUUUCACAAUCUAACCUGGUUAUAUUUCUGUCGAACGUACAGACAUCCUAUCCAAAUCAAUCGAAUUCCAAUGCUGAACAAGAUACUUCAACUACUGCAAACAAUUCAGCAGUAUCGGAUAAUGGUGAUCCUAAUGAAAGCAUGGCUUCUUUAAAAUCCAUUGGAUCUUCACCAUCUUUAGGAAGAAAUGGACGUCGUUCACGUCGUCAAACUCUUAUUACUGGAUCCCAACCUUUACCAUCCCCAUUAAGAACAUUUAAUAAAUCAUUUACUAAUAUUGGAGGUCUUUCAUCUACAACUCAAAACACACCGAUCAAAACUUAUAGUACAUCCAUGCUUGCUAGUGCAAUUCCAAUGACUAUAGGGGAAACCAAUUCACAUUCAGAGUCCAAUAACGAGAAUAUUGCAGUUGAUGAAAAAUCAAAGACUUUACAAAGUUCACUUUCAUCCAUGUCGAUAUCCAAUGAAAAUUUGGAAAUGACAGCUACUGCAACUGCUCUUAACAUCAAUAAAUCACCAUUCCCCACAACAGCUGGAGGUGAAGUUGACGUUCCACCGGAGAUUUUAAAUGAUGAUGAAUUAAUCCUGGUGAAAAUUGCUGAUUUAGGGAAUGCAUGUUGGACUUACCAUCAUUUCACUGAAGAAAUUCAAACCAGACAGUAUCGUUCACCUGAGGUAUUAAUUGGUUACCAUUGGGGUAGUUCUAGUGACUUGUGGUCAUUUGCAUGUUUGAUAUUUGAAUUAUUAACCGGUGAUUAUUUGUUUGAUCCUCGUGCUGGGAAAUCAUAUAGUAAAGAUGAUGAUCAUCUUGCCCAAAUUAUUGAAUUAAUUGGUCCCAUUCCUCGUCAAAUGCUUAAGGAAGGUUAUUUGAGUAGGGAGUUCUUCAAUUCAAGAGGUGAAAUGCAUCGGAUUCUGAAAUUAAAGCCUUGGGGUUUAAGAGAUAUUUUAAUUGAAAAGUACAAGUUUCCAACUGCUGAUGCUGAAGAAAUUAGUGAUUUCCUCUUACCAAUGUUACAGAUUCAACCUGAAUCCCGGGCAGACGCAGGUGGAAUGGUGAACCACCAUUGGCUUAGUGAUGCAUUGGGAUUAGAAAAUGUGGUACUUGAAAGACCAGUUGGAGGAAAUGGUGAAGAUAUUCCUGGUUGGUCUCGAGAGAUUCCUUCUCAACAGCAAUCCAAAUAUUUGUACCAUCAUCAUAACCAUUAA